CUUUUUCCUUAUUACGGGUCGCCGUCCGAUUUCCUCCCCGUUGCUUUGCGGUGUUGCGAAUCUUCUCACGAUCGACCCAACGUGACGACGGCUCGACGCACCUUCUCGACUCCGCCGCCGUCGGGCAUCGCCUUCGACCCUGAUCAAUUCCCACUCGAUCGCGUCUCCCCCCCCACACCUCCUGUCCCCUCCCCGCCAGAACCCUGGCGUGCGCUCUCUGCAAUAUGCCUUUCUUCACCCGUGUCUUUCGCGGGAAGGACGCCAAUGCCGCGAAGAAGAAGGCCCCCGCGGUGGAAGACAAGGGGCCCGCAAAGCCCACAUGGACCGACGCGUGGCAGCGAACCGAAGUCGCCCCGGAGGAGGUCCAGGGCCUCUUGCGAGGAUGUACCCAGGAACUGAAGGCACGAGCUCUGCAAACCCCCUUCUUACUGCUCCCCUUCCGCCCAAGCUCCGACGCCAGCGCGGCCCGCACUUUCAUCCGGAACUACUUCAAUCAGUCAGUGGAAAAGGGUUCGCCUGUGGACGGAGAUGAGUUGGCGCAAGAAUUGCGGCUGUCGGACCCCAUGGUCCUGUGCAGCGUGUUAAAAUGGUGCUGGAGCAGACUCCCUGGAGGAGUUGUCACCUGGGAGGCAUAUGAGUUGUUCAAGGUUGGAGAGCAAGAUUCUCAAUUUGCCCGCGAUGCCUUCUCAACAUUCAUUCCGAUCAGUGUCGACUCGGAUGCCCGCUCGAAGAUCGUCUUCGACUUCUUCGAUCUCCUGGCUGCCGUCGCAGCACACGGAAAAUCGAACGGACUGGGUGGGCGGAAGCUCUCUCGGUAUGCCGGAUGGUGGGCGUUUGAGCACUCGGAUACGGGUAACGGCUUCGAGGCCGCCUACAAGAAUUGGGCCAGUGCGGCGGAUGCCACGAGUCAUCUGUUUUUCUCGUACUUGCGUUCCCUAUCACCCGACUCUCGUGUCAACACCAUCUCAACUCUUCCAAUCGCGCUCCAGAGUCUAGUCCAGGCUACGGAAUACCCGCCGGAGACGCCCACUCUCCUGCAAGUCUCCACCACCAAGGUCGUGAUGAUUGUUGAUACUGUCUCCCCGACCCCGUUUGCGCUGUUGCGGCGCGCAAAGAACUUUGAGUAUCGAGACAGUGACCACCACCUGCAGGAGUUCGCCAGUUUCGAGGAACCCACCAAGGCGCUCACGGACGAGUGUCUCCGCGUGCUAAAGUGCAUCUCCUCCACAAAUCAAUUCGUCGAAUCAGGUCCAACCACGUCGACCCGGGAGGCCUCAUGGUCAAGAUUUGAGGAUAUUGGAUUUGGCGGUGCUCUGGACUCGGAUCUGGACGAUUCGAAUGCGGCCAGUUUGGCCAGGAAUGAAUUUGGAGGUGGCUUGCGAUCUGCUCCACAGUCCGGCCCAGGUAACCUCGGCCGACCCACGACCCCGUCAUGGGCAGACUUCAUGUCGUCCGGCUUCAGUGAGAACGGUUUGAAGGGCCCGGCCCCUCUCCUACUUCCCCCCGACAAGGUUCUUCCUCCUCUCGCCAGCGUCCGCGGCCAAAGCUCGCAGUCCCACAGACGCAGUCUUAAUGACGAGCCGUCCACAGAACCGGGGGAGCUCGCAAGCAUCACCACUCUCGAUCUUGAUGACUCUUUCUGGUGGGUCUGGAUCAGUAGUCUGGCCGGUGAAGAGUCCUCAGCCCGGAAGGCCGUGUUUGGCCGAUGUGCGUUACUGGAAACUAUCAUCAAAGAUGCCAAGUGGCUGGUCCUUGAGGAGCAGGUUAAGGGUGCGGCGCCGGAGCCUGAACCUGGUGCUUACCUCGUAGAAAAGAAGCGCUUCUUCGGCUUUUCGACCCGUAAGAAGGGCGUCAGCCGCCGCAAAUCUUCUGCCAAAAAGGUCAAUGGGAUGGAGGACUCGUACAAGCGGCCGGACAACCAAGCACCGCAGAGCAAAACUAGUAUCGCCCCGGACCAGCACGCGCGCAUCCAGGCUGCUGCCGCUGCUCUUCAAAAACGACACCGAGAGGAACAGGAGGCCGCUAAUGAACCCAAAAACGUUCCGCACCAUGCCAGGUACUCCACAAAGACGAAUUCCAUCAUGACCCUGCAACCGGCAAUCCUGAAUGAGGCGUCUCAUGCCAUGAAAUGGGCGACUAACUACGAUAAGAACACGUACAGAACCGCCUAUCUCAGUGACAAUCGUGCAGGAACAGGUGCUGGAGCAGAAGAGGCGGCGAAAAACUUGCCCAGCACACCAACCUCCCCGACUGCGAGCACCAGACAAGCACCGCCACCUCUACCGAAAGACACGCCUACUGGCUCCCCGGGACCCGCAGUACCUACCAAAGAGAGUUCUGUUAAUGAGGAGAGCAUUGUGAGAAGCGGCAGGGCCAGUCCUGCAGCCGACUUGUCGACCACCGAAUCGCUCCCCAAGCAGUCUAUGGACUCGGACCGGAAGAUCAAGAAAAAGGCGGGCAACGGCGGCUUCAAGAGUAUGUUUGGAACGGUCAAGAAGAAGAACGAGGCCGAGGCGAAGCCCCCAAUGAAGCCUACCGGCGCUGAACGCUCCGCUGUUGCAGCUGCUCGUGCUGCUCUUGAAGACAAGGCGAGAGCCGCCCAGGAGCAGUCCCCACGGCCCUCGACGAAUGGCAAGGCGACUCUCAAGAAGAAGCCUGUGCCGGUGGCAGCGCCUGCCGAAGCCACUGCAGCAGCAGCAGAGGCUAUUGCGCCGAAAAAUGUGCCUGAGCCAGCUGAAGCCAAGCCUUCCUUGGAUGUGCCCAAAUCGGGGGCGCAGAGCGAUGAGCCCCAAAUUCGCCGUCAAGCCGAAUACGAUGCUCUUUCGCGCAUAGACACCAAGGAACGGACCGCAGCCGACCAAGAGUUCUCGCGAUUUGACCAGGGACCGUUGUCUGACCAGCCGGCAUUCGUUCCAGAGGACUCCCCUAUCUCGGAAACCUUCCCCGAAAAACCCGCCUCGGCGGUUACUACUUUUGAAGAGGCUCUCAGCGAACAACAGAGUGAGCCCAUCACUCCCCCGAAGCCGGUCACCUCCUAUGACCGCUGGGCCCAAAUUCGCCAGAAUGCGGCGGAGCGAGCGGCUCAGAUGGAGGCACAGGCUGGUGACCACGGUGACGAUGACGACAACACUAGUGAAGAAGAAAGCUUUGAAUCUCGUGCUGCCCGCAUCAAGGCCAGAGUAGCCGAAUUGACCGGCAACAUGCAGGCCGCCAGCCAGUCCUAACCACCUUCGAUUCCCCGUAUCUAAUUCCGCUGCUGUCUCGACUUCUUCGGUGCCUGUCAUUAUCACCCAUAUACCACUGUAUCUGACCCGUUCCAUGUUCCAUACGCCCUUUAAUGUACUAC